AUGUGUAGUUGGCCAACAGCUCUCGUGACAUGUGCCUUAGUGUUCACCUUCUUUUUUAUAGUCAGAUACCGUAAACCAGACGUCAACUGGGGUUCGUCGACACAGGUGCAGGUUUACAAAACGGCACUUACUAAUGCUCAGCAAUUUUGCAAUAUCGACGAUCACACUAAGACUUACACGCCACAAAUUCUUGUUAUGACUGGGCUUCCCAACAUGAGGCCCUCUCUCGUCGACUUUGCCUAUCUUCUCUGUAAAAACAAUUCAUUGAUGGUGUGCGGCGAUGUCCUCAAGGAGCGCCAAAGUCAUAAGGAUCGUUCGUAUCGCAUCAAAAAAUCCUUGCACUGGCUUCGAGCCCACAAGACAAAGGCAUUUUAUUCACUGGUGGACAAUUUAUCGUUUGCCAACGGGGUAGGAGCCUUGUUACAGGCUACAGGAGUGGGAAAAAUGAGACCCAACAUCCUUUUGCUUGGCUAUCAAAGCGAGUGGCGUACUAGCAACAACGAAGAGAUUGAAAGCUAUUUCGUCGCCAUCAAUACGGCUUUGGAAAUGCACGUUGCCGUGGCCAUUCUUCGCGUUCAAGAAGGACUCGAUUACGAGGGAAUUAUUCGGGACUACGACAUGAACAAUUCUGCUAGCAAAAAAACAAAUGGCGAAGGCGUUGACAAUCCUUCAUUUGCAGAUUCACCUGACGGCAGUCUUUCUUCAAAACCAUUCGUAAUUAGCGGAAGCAUAGACACUGGGCUAACAGACGAGUCAGUGGAAAAUAGGAAACCCCAACAGCCUAAUGAAAUAUCUUUGUCUGGUGAUGCCAUUUCCGCUGCACAGAAAAAACAUAUGAAGAAAACACGAGUUAUGUUCAAGGAUCCUCAAGGAAACGAGUUGUCUCCUGAUGUGCAAAACAGCAUCUAUCGUUUCCGUAUGAGGCAAAAACGGGGCACCAUCGAUGUGUGGUGGCUCUACGAUGACGGUGGACUAUCUAUGUUAUUGCCCCACAUAUUGACAACACGUUCUACCUGGGCCGAUUCCAAGUUACGCGUUUUCUGCCUGGCAGAUGUCAAUGAGGAGCAAAGCCACAAGAAAGAAAGCAUGCGACUAUUGUUGAGUAAAUUCCGCAUACUCGUUUCGGAUGUGGUCGUGAUUCCCGACUUAACAGAGACUCCCUCUACGCAAACGAAGGCCUGGUUCGACGCUCUGACGCACGAAUUCGUACGUAAAGAUGACGAGUCCAGCAUGCAAAAUUGCAAUGCACCAGUCAUCAAAGAGUCGGAGCUGAUAGCUGAGAAGCCCAAAACCUUCAAUUUCAUGAGGUUGAGGGAGUUGCUGUUGCAGCAUUCCACUCAGGCAAAUCUCAUUGUCAUGACGCUGCCGGUACCACAAAAAGGAACAGUUAGCGGCCCACUUUACAUGAGUUGGUUGGAAACGCUGACAGCCAACAUGCCACCUUUCCUCCUAGUCCGUGGCAACCACACAUCUGUCCUCACUUUUUAUUCUUGAUCUAUAAAUAUUUUAAAAAUGAACUCAUGUGUUUUCUUUUAUAUCUUUUAAUGUGUUAAAAAGUUAGUUUCACUUACCUGUUGUACAUUUUUCUUGGGCGUUCCAACAAAUGCGCGAUAUAAAAUUA